AAGGAGAGGAAACGGGACAGGCCGCUUCCCCACGCGUGUGGUGGCAGAACGCUGGGACACCGCUCUGCCUUCGGGCUGCGGGUGGCCCCGCUGGGAGCCUCCCAACAUGCAGUGCUCGAGGGUCAGGCGAGCGCGCACUGAAGGUGACGGUUCGCUAGCACUGUGCUGAUUUUUUCACCAUGAUCCUCCCGAAUGCUCGGGAGCCUCUGUUCAACCUCCCGUCAGGGCGGCUGCAGCCAUGGCCAUGCAGGUGCAGUUCGAGGCAAAUGCCGACACAUCUGCAGAGGAGGAGAGCUUUGGCCCAGAACCCAUAUCUAGGCUAGAGCAAUGUGGUAUAAAUGCAAAUGACGUGAAGAAAUUAGAAGAAGCUGGAUAUCACACUGUUGAGUCUGUUGCACAUGCACCCAAGAAGGAGCUGUUAAAUAUUAAAGGCAUCAGUGAAGCCAAAGCUGAUAAAAUCUUGGCUGAAGCAGCUAAACUGGUUCCGAUGGGUUUUACCACAGCAACGGAAUUCCAUCAGCGGAGAUCUGAAAUCAUCCAGAUCACCACCGGAUCCAAAGAACUUGAUAAACUUCUUCAAGGAGGAAUAGAAACAGGGUCCAUAACAGAAUUAUUUGGGGAGUUUCGUACUGGAAAAACACAGUUGUGCCAUACUUUGGCAGUAACCUGUCAACUUCCCAUUGACCGAGGAGGUGGAGAAGGAAAAGCCAUGUACAUCGACACUGAAGGCACUUUCCGUCCAGAACGUCUGCUUGCUGUGGCUGAAAGGUAUGGCUUGUCUGGCAGUGAUGUCCUGGAUAACGUGGCAUAUGCUCGAGGCUUUAACACAGAUCACCAGACCCAGCUCCUCUAUCAGGCAUCUGCUAUGAUGGCUGAAUCACGGUAUGCACUGCUGAUAGUGGACAGUGCGACAGCUCUGUAUCGGACAGAUUACUCUGGAAGAGGCGAGCUGUCAGCGAGACAGAUGCAUCUGGCCAGAUUUCUGCGUAUGCUUCUCCGACUUGCAGAUGAGUUUGGUGUGGCUGUUGUGAUCACUAACCAAGUUGUGGCGCAGGUAGAUGGAGCAGCCAUGUUUGCAGCAGAUCCCAAGAAACCUAUUGGAGGAAAUAUCAUAGCCCAUGCUUCCACCACGAGACUUUAUCUGCGAAAAGGCCGAGGUGAAACCAGAAUAUGUAAAAUUUAUGACUCUCCUUGCCUUCCUGAGGCUGAAGCAAUGUUUGCUAUUAAUGCUGAUGGAGUGGGAGAUGCAAAAGAGUGAAGACUUCAUUUGAUUCCCCAUGUAAACUAAGACUGGGUGGCCACAAAUGGCUCCUGUGACAGAAGCUUUCCCAGUGCAGCUGCUGUUCAAAUGCUGUCCAAGGAUUCUGUUGUAUUUCAGCAUACAUGUUCAUCAUGUGAAUCCAAUUUGAGACACGUCUGCAGGUGUUGCUUGGAAGAGAUUGUCCCUCUCGGGCUUUAGUCACGUGUUAGGUUAAUGUGGUUUCUUGAGAAUAUUUUCUAAGGACCAUAUGCUUGAAGCUUUCUUCACAGCUGUUGCUCCCGUUGAAUUCUACAGGUGGACGUAGCACAGUGAUCUGAAAAUUUGUGGCAAUAGUUUGUAAUUUAAUGACUUUGAAGUAAGUCUGGUAAGAAAAGUGGUGGCUGGACAACAUAACAGGUUGCCUUCAUAAUUAAUUACAAAAUAAAGCAAAAUAGCAUUCCACAAAAAGAAUGUGUGAAUGUUGCUGUGACUGAGAUUAUCACUGACCUCUAAUCUUUCUGUUAAUUUUGCUUUGAAUUCUGCAAUACACUGCUUUUUGGGAACUGCUAAUUUACAUUUCAAUAACAUUGUUUAUUGUAUAUCAUUAUUUCUCUGUGGAAGUCUGCUUUUUAAUAAAAAGACCAUGAAAAUAUUGAUGA